CCACGACUAUUUCAAGUCACGACUACUUCAGCUCACUGCAAAAUCACGCGGUUGUAAAGGCUGAGGAUCACAAAAAGAUAUACAAGCAAAAGUUUUACAAAGAGAUCGGAGUGGAAAAAAAUGUCUGGUCAGAAAGUCAGCCUUUCCAACAAAGAGGAGGUGUUCGUUGUGAACGUAAUACCGCUUCUCAAAGACGGCAUCCUUUGCUUUAAUGAUCUUUCAGUCAUAGUAUUUACUAAUAAAGGUAACAUGAAGAACAAGCACGAUGAGCUUCGCUCUUUAAUUAUUAAAGGGAAGGAUAACUUCGUGGAAGCAGAGCAAAGAGCUUCUGGUAUUUUAGGAAGUAUAGAUAAAGAGUGUGAGGAAUUAACUCAACAGAAAGGAAAACUGCAACGACAACAGGAUGACAAGAAAACUGAAUGCAAAAACCUACAAGACCAGCUUGCAAGUCAGCAAAACAUACUACUGGAGCAUCAGAGAUCGUUAGCAAAUGCAAAUACACACUUACAAGCAACGCAGGCAAAAGUUAAUGAGAUGCGUAGAAGAAUGGAGCACGAUGAAGCUGUGAGGAACGCUGGGAUCGGUCUGAUGUUUGUUCCAUGUGCUGGACCCAUAGUUGGAGCUACCCUGAUUGGGGUUUACCAGACAGAUAUGAACAACGCAAAUGAUGCUAAAAAUCAGGCUCAAAGUGAAGUUCACAACUGGGAACGUCAAGUGGCAAGUAGUUCUCUAGGUGUUUCUGACUGUCAGACAAAGAUCAACCAGAAGACACAGGAGAUUUCUCAAGCUAACACCAGUUUGGAUGUGUUACGAAGAACUAUAGAAGACGUCACACAGCAGCGCCUUGAUAUAGCUGAUGUCCAGGAGAAGUUCAGGAAUGCUGUCAGGGUUUUGACCGAUCUAGCUGGGAUAGCUAAAGUAGGCGAGGUACAGACAAGGAAGUUUAUUCUGUUUGAGCCCCUCAUGACGGUACUUCAGGAAAUCUUUAAAUGUGUUCUGCAAAUGUCAGAUAAGAAGGGUCAUCUUCAGUGUGUCGAAACAACUUUAAAACCAAUACAAAGUGCUUUUGAAGAGAAUGUGAGAAAGAUGAAAGCUUUGUGUGACAAGGGGGAUGAUUACUGGUAGGAAAAAAGUAAAACAAAUUCUCAUAAAUGAAAUGAAAGUCAUGAAAGUCAGAAUUUAUCUCUUACAGAAAAUGCAAUAUUACUGUAUUUGUAUGUUAGCGUAUUCAGCAAUAAAGUAUAUGUACCGUCUUAUAUGUAACUUUCUCCUCAAACAUUUGAUGUGAGAACAAUACUCUUCAAACUGCUGUUUUUAAGUCAAUGUAAACUGAAUUUUAUUCAGCACCGUUAAAGAAAUACAAGAACUAUAAUCCUU